AUGACAGAAGAAGCACCAGAGGUGGCCGGGGACACGUUGAAGCAGCGCAUUGAAGAGCUGCUGAAGGAGCGGAGCGAAUGGGAGCAAGAACGCGCUCGCUUGCGCGAGGAAGUUGAGCUCCUGCGAAGCCGCGUGGCCAAGUUGUCGAAGGACGGAGCCGAAGAUGUCGGCGCCUGCGAUGCGCAGACGCAGACGGAGCCCGACGCUGAGCAGGAUGUGACUGUUCCAGCUGAACAGGAUGGCUUGCCUGGUGUGUUGGCGAAGAUGCUUCGAAGCCCACAGGACGAGACUCUGCAACUGUCUGGCAUCGAACAGCUCUUUGUGGAACAAACACAGGCGGGCGCAGCACAAGUGGAAUCUACUCCGCAGUUGCAUCAAAGCCUGGAGGUGGCUGUGGCCAUUUUUCUUCACCAUCAGAACAACUGGACCUUGCUCCUGAAGGCCUCACAGUUUCUGUCGGUCUUGCUGGCAGCACCAUCCUCAGUGGCGUCCAGUGCGGAAAUGCCGUGUCCCCAAGCUGAGACGUUGGACACACCUUGUGCACUUGCCCAGUGGAUCAAGAGCUUCGAGACGUGCCGCGCGUUGUAG